AAGUUACAUUGGAGACUUCAAGGCGGAGGUGGCUAAAGAGCGAUCUGUCACGACAAGUUUACAAAUUUACCUGUUUUCAAGGGACAAACACCCUAGGGGAAAGGCUAUUCCAAUAACCAACGUGGCAGAAGUAGAAGUCGGAAAUGGAUGGAAUGUAUGGAUGGGGACAGCCCCCUUUGAAACAAGGGAAUUCUUUCAUAGAGAUCAUUGAGCAGCCCAAGCCGAGAGGCAUGAGGUUCAGGUACAAGUGUGAGGGGCGCUCGGCGGGCAGCAUCCCGGGAGAGAAGAGCAACGAUACCACCAAGACACACCCUGCCAUCAAGGUGCACAACUACAAUGGUCCCCUGCGUGUCCGUGUCUCCUUGGUGACCAAGAACCCGCCUCACAAGCCCCACCCGCACGAGCUGGUGGGGAAAGACUGCAAACAUGGCUACUAUGAGGCAGACUUGCAGGAGAGACGAGUACACAGUUUUCAGAACCUGGGCAUUCAGUGUGUGAAGAAAAAGGAUGUGAACGAAGCAGUUUCCUGUAGACUGCAGACCCAAAACAACCCCUUCAACAUUCCCGAGGCGAAGGUGUGGGAGGAGGAGUUUGACCUGAAUGCAGUGAGGCUUUGUUUCCAGGCCUCGAUUACUCUACCUACCGGUGAACUCCACCCUCUGGAGCCCGUGGUGUCUCAGCCCAUCUACGACAACAGAGCACCCAACACAGCAGAAUUGAAGAUCUGUCGAGUGAACAGAAACUCUGGGAGCUGCAGAGGAGGGGAUGAGAUCUUCCUACUCUGUGACAAAGUGCAAAAAGAGGACAUCGAGGUACGGUUCUUCCAGGACUCGUGGGAGGGGAAGGGCACCUUCUCCCAGGCGGACGUCCACAGGCAGGUAGCCAUCGUGUUCCGUACCCCGCCCUUCUACAACACCAACCUGACCGAGCCAAUCAGAGUGAAGAUGCAGCUCCGCAGGCCCUCGGACCGCGAGGUCAGCGAGCCAAUGGACUUCCAAUUCCUGCCCUCUGACCCAGAUGAAUAUAGACUGAUAGAGAAGCGAAAACGGACAGAGGGAAUGUUCCAGAAUCUGAAGCUGGGGUCCAUAUCAGGGGCCAUGCCAGCAGAGAGGCCUUUCAACACUGCCAGAAGAACAGUCACUGCCAAGCCAGCAGCUAGCCAGCCUGUGAACCCAGUGGCGCCCCCUCGUGCCGCCUCUGUGAAGCCCCAGCCCUACUACAACAGCCCCCAGCCUGGCCAGCUGUUCCAACCCCAGCCCAAAGCAGAGCCCUCCUCCACUCCAGCAGAGACCUGGAAGUUCCUCAACAGCCUGACCUUGGACUCCCAACACAAAGCCACCCCCGUGGCCCGAUUCACCACCAACCCCCAGGCAUCUGCAGCCACCUCACAGGCCUUCCCCACCGUCAACCUGUCGGACCUCCACGGCUUCACCUUCUCCACCUUCGCUAGUCCCCAGGAGCCAGUGAGCGCAGCCGCUACCCCAGAGCCCACCUCUACCUUUGUCCAGGAUUCUCAGUUCAGGGUGGAUGGCCCCAUGGUGGAUGAGGAGCUACCCGAGUUCCCCAGCUUCUCUGAGGUCCACCAGUCAGGGACACUAGAUAACAUAAACAUCGACGACUUCCAGGCUAUGCUGGUCCAGAGUGGUCUGGCUGGAGAGGGGCCAGGGAACAGUAGGGUGUCGGUCUCUCAGGCACCCUGCCACUUACCUGCCACCAACCCUGUGGUCAACAACAGCUGUGGCGGCAGCACCUGGAUGAACUACCCCAACAGCAUCGUGAACCUGCUCCAGAGUGAGGGCAUGAUCGACAGUUCUCCUGGCAACUCCAACCAGCCGGCCGUCCUCGACGACCUGGACGUCUUCAGCUCCAUGGACGAAGACCGUCUCAUGUCCAUCCUGAACAGUGGCAACCAGGCCGGUUUCGUGUCCGGACAUCAGACUUAGAGACCUCUGUGAUUUUACAGAUAUUUUUACUGCAAUACUACUCUUCUGUCCCCUUGCCUUUUGAGACCCAGCUCCCUUCCAACCAAACUUCCCUUGUACUUGUUAUUCUAAUGGACUACAAAGAAAAUACAUUUGGCUGGCUGAUCGAGAAUCAGAUGAUGGUGCUGUUUGCUCUCUUCUCUAUGUGGAUUGUGGACAUGUUAAUUAGGACAGCUGCAGAACCCUGCCUGUACUCGAACAGAGUGAAUAUGAGAGAGGGCUACAGGGAACCCCUGGUAACUGCCAGUUUGUGGGCAAUCGCAAGACCCAAGGAUUUGUCACUUUCUGUCAACCCCUAAAGAUACACCUCCACUGGGUUGUGUAUAAACCCAGGCUUGUAUCUAGUCUCCAAAGGCAGUGGUAUUCACUCCUGGUCCCUAAGAACUUCAUGGUUUGAAAUGUGUCUUCUUGAAUCAUUGUCAAAGUCUGGACUGGAUAGUCCAGGGCCCGGUUUCCCGAUAGCAAUGGAACUUAGGCAUCUUUCCUACAACGCCUGAAGAUGUAACUUACAGAGUACAAAAAACAUUAAGGACACCUGCUCUUUCCAUUACAUAGCCCAGGGAUAUUCAACUCUUACCCUACGAGGUCCAGAGCCUGCUGGAUUUCCUGUUCUACCUGAUAAUAAUUGCACACACCUGGUGUCCCAGGUCUAAAUCUCUCCCUGGUUAGAGGGGAACAAUGAAAAAAAAUGCAGUGGCACUGGCUUUGAGGUACAGAGUUGACCAGGUGAAAGCUAUGAUCCCUUAUUGAGGUCACUUGUUAAAUCCACUUUGUGACGACCCUCCCACUCUGUCUACCGUUUUCUCUCUCUC